GCUGCUGGCUCCUGGUACCCUUCUUCUGGAACAGAAGUGACUUCUUGAAGCUGGAAUCACGCAGGGCCUGCAUGUGUUUAGGUCAGACGGAUGAGGUGGAUGGAGGAGCAGAGAGGCGGUUCUUCAAGAUCUUACAGUCAGGUGGAAUCUGGAGGACUUCAGUCUUUCAAAACUCUCAAGCUGUUCUUGACAGUUGCAUAAAUCAAUCAGAGGAGCCAGAAAUACAGAUUUAUAUAGUGGUAGCUCACCGUCUCUCGCUUGGCUCCUUUGGGAGGGAGAGUGGGGGAGAAAAUCAAACAAAACAAACAGAUAAAAUAACUGCAGCUGCCUUCCUGGCACAGACAGAGCUUUCAGACCAGUUCUGUGGAAUUUCACUUUUUGAGCCCUUCUCUCUAUAUAAAGGGGAACAGCAGCAGAGAAAGAGUUUUCCUCUCUCCUACCGCAAGCCAAGUUAGCAUUGCUGAAAAGUGGAAGCCAUGGCGAUGCUGAGGCUCCUUACCCUUCUGGCUGGUUUGAUGCUCCUGAGCGGUCACGCUAGCGCAAGGUACUAUGGGAAAAAAUUUGUCACGGCCUUCAUGCAAAAUUUUGAGACGAGCCGAGCCUCCGAAUCAAACUUUCAGCUGCUCCUCACUGGCCACCACAACCUGACUGAAGUAACUGUGUCAGUGAGUCGAUCGGCCUUCCGGAAAAGUUAUUCAGUUGCAGAAGGUGAAAUGGUGCCUGUUCAGAUCCCAGUGACUGCAGAGAUGAAAGGCAGCACCACAUUUGAUCAGUCUGUUCUGAUUCAGGCUGACAAGGACAUUUCUGCUGUCUUACUGUACCGGAAGUUGUAUUCCGUGGCAAGCACAGCUCUGUAUCCAUCCCAUGAGCUUGGCACAACCUAUUAUGUCGUAACCCCGUCAAGUACCAGACCGCCCAUCUACUUAAAAGAAUUCGCAGUCAUCGCUUCACAGUCUCCUGCCACAGUUCGUAUUUACCUAAAAGGGAAUGUGAUCUUUGGUGGGACAUCAUACGUCGCGGGGACAAGAAUCACAGUUUAUCUCCGGGCAUUCCAGGUUGCCCAGCUGCAAAGCUCAAAUGAUUUGUCGGGCACCAAGAUCGAAUCGUCAACACCCGUGGCCGUCUUGAGUGGGCAUGUCUGUGUGGUGCAAAAUUACCAGUGUGACCAUGUUGUUGAGCAGCUGCUGCCGGUCUCCAGCUGGGGCAGCACCUUUGUCGUCCCCCCAGUGUUUUUCCAGACCAAUAAUGACAUUGUGUAUGUGGUGGCUUCCCAGGACACUCAUGUUGACUAUCAGCUGGGAGCACAGAAAGGCUCUCAAGACAUGGUGGCUGGUGAAGUUAGGCAGUUUGAGAUCCAGUUCCCUAAUGCCUUUUACAUCUCUGCUAAUGCUGGGAUCCAGGUCCUCUUCUUCUUCACUGGCCUCAAGUCGGGAAACACAGGCUAUGACCCAUUCCUCAUCAACAUCCCAGCCAUAACAGCUUAUGGCCUAUCCUACCAUGUUGAUGGGAUAAAGAAUUUUGAGAACUAUGUCGUUAUCAUAGCAAAAAGCUCUGAAACCCAGAGGAUUACCCGAGAUGAGACCGCUAUCACAGGUGUUCAAUGGAGAAUGAUUCCCAGCUCACCUUAUUCAUGGGCUGUAUACAACUUGGGCCCCAGGCAUCAGUCCAUCUCUGUAGCACAUCCUCAAACUCCUUUUGGCGUCUUGGUCUUUGGUGGCCGAAACUAUGAAGGCUAUGGCUUUGCUCCACCACCUUUUGUCUUAUCAGAUUCUGAACUGGCCCCAAUAUCCUGCCCUGAGAACAGCCACUACGAGUCCUGCGGAAAUGCCUGCCCAGCCACCUGUUCUGACCGAACUGCUCCUGAAACGUGUGAUGACACCUGUGUGCCGAUCUGCCAGUGCGAUGAGGGCUACAUCCUCAGUGAUGAAACAUGCAUCCCAGUGGAGAAUUGCAACUGUACUCAUAAUGGCAAGAUCUAUGGUCCGGGAGAGGAAUUUUGGACUGAUGAAAGCUGCAGUAGUCGCUGCAAAUGUAACCCCAGAUUAGGGAGGGCUGUGUGCCUGCAGGAUUCCUGUAAGGCCAGAGAGAGAUGUGCCCUAGUUAAUGGGAACUGGGACUGUCAUACCAUCAGCUAUUCCACCUGCAUAGGAACUGGAGACCCUCACUACACCACCUUUGAUGGAAAGAGAUUUGACUUCAUGGGAACCUGCAUUUAUCAAAUGGCCGGAGUCUGCUCCAAGGACCCCACUCUCACCCCGUUUUUGGUCACGGUGGAGAACAACAACCGAGGCAGCAAGGCGGUGUCCUUCACCAAAGUGGUGACACUAGAGGUUUAUGGCAUGACCAUCAGCCUGAGCCAAGAACAUCCACAGAAGAUUAAGGUGAAUGGAGUCUUUGUGGACCUGCCCUUCUCCUAUGAAAAUAGACUAAAGGUCUACAUCAGUGGAGUCCAUGGCUUCAUCAAAACAGACUUUGAUCUGAGAGUCAGCUUUGACUGGUACAGUUAUGCCAGGGUCAUUAUUCCCAGCACUUACGCCAAUGCUGUGUGCGGACUGUGUGGCAAUGCCAACCAGGACCCCAGUGAUGACUUUGCUAUGAAGGAUGGAGCUCAGACAACAGAUGAAAUCCAGUUUGCAGACAGCUGGAAGUUGAAGGAGGUCCCAGGAUGCUCUGCAGAAUGCAUUGACUGCCCAGUAUGCAGUGAGGCAGAGAAGCAGACCUACAAGGGGGACCAGUUCUGUGGGAUCCUCAAGAGAAGGGAUGGGCCGUUCAGGCAGUGCCACGAGACCAUUGACCCAACACCUUACUUCGAUGAUUGUGUUUUCGACACCUGCCAAUACAAGGGUCAUCAUAACACUCUCUGCAGUGCCAUCAGUGCCUAUGUGACAGCUUGCCAAGCUCUGGGCAUUGAGGUUGGGAAAUGGAGAUCAGACUCUUUCUGCAGCUUUUCCUGUCCACACAAUUCCCACUAUGAACUCUGUGGAAAUGCCUGCUCUGAUACAUGUGGGAGCGUCUCCUCCCCAAUAAUGUGUGAUGCUGCAUGUACCGAAGGGUGUGCCUGUGAUCCUGGAUUCGUGCUCAGUGGAAAUCAGUGCGUCCAUCUUGCAGAGUGUGGCUGUGUGCACCAGGGCAGAUACUACAAAAAGGGACAGGAGUUUUAUCCCAGUAGCUCCUGCCAGGAGAAGUGCCGCUGCCUGGACAAUGGAGCCACCAAGUGUCAGCAGUUCUCCUGUGGAGCGCAUGAGGAGUGCAGGGUGGAGGACGGCAUCCAAGGCUGUCACCCUGCAGGAUAUGGUACAGCUAUAGCACUUGGUGACCCCCUUUAUAUUUCCUUUGAUGGACAAAGCUUUCGCUUCCAUGGCUCCUGCACUUACACUUUUGUCAAAGUCUGCAGCACAGACCCUCGGCUACAGAAUUUCUCCAUUUUGGUGGAGAACGAGAAGCUUGGAAAUGGACACCUUGCUCAGAUAAGGAAGGUUGUGGUCUCUGUUCAUCAGCACACUAUUGUCCUUGAAAGGGGAAGGAAAUGGAUAGCUAUGGUGGAUGAAGAAUUCUGCACUUUGCCAGUGAAUAGAGACGAGGGGAAACUCUGGAUCACUCAGGAGGGGAUCAGUAUAAUUCUUCAGGCGUCCUUUGGCCUCACAGUUCUUUAUGAUACCUCUUCCUAUGUCCGUGUGUCUGUCCCCAGCACCUACCAGGGACACAUGUGUGGUUUGGGUGGCAAUUUCAAUGGCGACGAGAGGGACGAUUUCAUGCUGCCUAGUGGGGAAUCUGCACAAACGGUGGAUGAGUUUGGGGCCUCCUGGCAGGUCCCUCUGGAUGGUGCCAUCUGCUCCAAUGGCUGUGGUGAGGAAUGCCCCACUUUUGAUACAGUCCAGACAGCACCGUAUGAGAGUGACGACUCCUGUGGAAUGAUCACGUCUGAGACAGGGCCAUUCAAAGACUGCUCCUCAUUAGUAAGCCCCUCAGAUUACCUUGAGCAAUGCCUGUAUGACUUGACUGCGGCCAAAGGGGAGGAGGAGUAUCUCUGCCGAAGCCUUCAAGCCUAUGCAGCUGCGUGCCAGUCUGCUGGAGUCAAGAUUGGAGCCUGGAGAACAAAGUCCUUCUGUCCCCUCACCUGCCCAGCCAACAGCCACUAUGAGACUUGCACUGGAUCUUGCGAUUUCACCUGUGCCAGCUUGUCCACUGUUGUGCAGUGCUCAAAGAACUGCUUUGAAGGCUGCCAGUGCAAUGAUGGCUAUGUGUCUGAUGGGGAUGCAUGUGUGCCUAUGAACAAAUGCGGCUGUGUGCAUAAUGGUCUGUACAUUAAGGUUGGAGAGGAUAUCUUCUCAAGCAACUGCACGGAAAAAAUAACUUGCAAUGCCACAGGUCAACUUGUUUAUGAGAAAACCAGAUGCCAGGCUGAAGAGAUAUGCACGCUUAGAAAUGGAGUGCGCAGCUGUGAAAGCAAGGAAUACCAGUGCAAACUCACUCCAGGAGCCCGACUCUCUACCUUCGAUGGUGCUUCGCGCAAGUACCUCUGCAGUGGGGUUUAUGACAUUGCCACCGUUUGUGAUGAAAGUGUCCCCUACUGGUUCAGGGUGUCAGUGAGCAUCGGAAAGGACAGCGACGAUGUCUUGGUAGUUGGGAGAGCGGUCCAUGUUUUCUUCCAGAAUGCAUCCAUCACUCUUAAAAGGGACCACAGGACAUGGGUAAAUGGACGCCUGGUAAGGCUGCCAUACAGGAUUUCCCAAGCCAUAUCUGUGAGCGAAACUCAGGACGGGAUCCUAAUUAACCAGGCCUCUCAGGUGCAGGUUCACCUUCGCUCUGAUGGGGAGGUGACAGUGGGAGUCAAGAAGACCCUCGCAGGAAAGCUGUGUGCCCCAUGCGGAAACUUCAAUGGGAACAGCUCUGAUGACUUGAAGCUGCCCAAUGGGAUGGUUGAGACAAACAUUGCUGAGCUCCUACAUGCCUGGGAGGCCAAAGACUUCUAAUAUUAAACCGCUGCAUCCUGGAAUGAUUCCAUGCGCAUUUCCCACCCUCUUCUCUGACCUGGACCUAUCUCCUGAGUCCAACACACGAAGCAGAGUGAAGGGACGCCAUUUUGUUCAGUGUAAUCACAGGAGCAGUGAAAUUAUUCUAAACCAGUAAACAUCACAUUCUUGCUCGCCUCAGCCCCCUGGAUGCUGCUGUAUGGAAAAGAAGAUUAUUAACGCUCCUGCAAACCGAAGAAGAAAAUAUCAGAAGCCAUAAAGUUCUCAAACUGUGAACUUAACAG